AUGACUACGAAAUAUUUUCAAGGUUCACUAAAUGCUGCUAAUGGUAAUCCAAUUAGAAUAUCAUAUCCAGAUACAGACACAAACAGCGACACAACAAUAGAAAAGCAUGCUCAACAGGAGCAAAUAAUAGAACAAUCUUCAACGAGACGGAUCUUUCAACUUAUUUUUAUUACUUUAUCGUUCAUUGGAAUCGGUUUGAACGAUUCAGCUACUGGAUCUAAUCUCAAUAACAUACAAGAAAAAUAUGGGUUGAGUUUCAAGGAUGCCUCAUUCUUUUUUCUGUCAAAUGCAGGUGGAUAUGCUAUUAGUAGUGUAUGCACAGUACAUAUCAUGUACUAUUUUGGAGUACCUUUAACAACAUUUGUUUCAGCAAUGAUUUAUUCUGGUGGGGCGUUACUAACUGCUUUCGCACCACCUUUUCCCGCUAUGGUGGUUUCUUUGUUUUUGCAAGGUGUAGGAAGCGGAAUACUGGAUGCCUCAGCUACAUCUGUCCUUGCCCUCAUUGCAUCCUCUAGCGUUUUAUCACGAGUUUAUGCCUCCUUCUCAUUUGGAUCUAUGAUUUCACCUUUCAUAAUUGGUGCUUUCUCCCAGUAUAACUUGACUUGGCAUUAUUUCUAUUUCUUCCCAAUGUCAUUAGGAGUUAUCCUUUGCUCAACUUCCCUGUUUAUAUUUAAAGGGUUUUUAUUACCAAAGAAGAAAAAGGAAUUUGACGUAGGUGUUAACGAUGGCUUAAAGUCAGUCCUUUCCAAAAAGGUUGCCUGGUUAUCGCUUAUUUUAGUUUUAAUGACAAAUUCACAUCAAUGCAUAAACUCUCAAUGGAUGCCUUCUUUCUUAUUGUAUAAAGGCUACAAAGAUGAAACUUCAACAUACGUGGUCGCUGGAUUUUGGGGUGGCGUGACAAUUGGCAGAUUAGCUGGACCGACUGUCUUUAAGAAAGUAUUAGAGAAGUUCAGAAAUUUAGCAUUAGUUGUCGUAGCAACGGCACUCUUAGGUGUAAUAUGGGGUGUCGAGAAUAUAGCUGUCAGAGCAGUUUGCCUGAGUUUGACAGGUCUAUGUUGGGGCCCACUUAUACCAGCGUCGAUUGAUAUUGGAGUUACCAGACUGCCACAGCAUGAGACGCCAAUAAUAGCUCCCCUUAUUAUAGGUUCUGGCUUGAUUGGUGCAUCAUUCGCACCAUUCUUGUUUUCAUUUGCAGCUGAAACUUUCACGGCGAAAAUACUACCGGGUGUUUUGGUAGUGAUAGCAGGAUUAGAAUUUAUUUUAUUUGUUUUUGUACCGUCUAAAUCACAAUCUGAUGAAUUUUAA